GGGUUGGAAUCGGGGUCCCUCAGGGGUCACAGGCCCUCACCCGCCCAGGCCUGGGCAGUGUCCAGCGUACUUCCGCACUGCGGGGAAGCGGGACGCGCGUCCGCGGGGCCGCUGGUCGGCACUGGGCAGCACCGGGGCGGGGACUCGGGACCUUAGCGGCCCGCACGGCGCACACGCAGGCAGGGCGGCCUCCAGUGGCCCCGGUGCGACUUUCCUGGGGUCGCUCGCUACGGUCUUGCCUGGAUCGCUGGUGCUGCCCAUGGCCGAGGUGCUAGAGCCCGAGCCUGGGCCAGCCGAGGACGCGGAGGCCCAGGUGGUGGAGACCCCGGACUGGAAGGCCCUGGGGGAUGCAGACGCCCAGCCCGGAAGUUAUGAGAUCCGACACUACGGACCGGCCAAGUGGGUCAGCACCUCCAUUGAGUCCAUGGACUGGGACUCCGCCAUCCAGACUGGUUUUACCAGGCUGAACAGCUACAUUCAAGGCAAAAACGAGAAAGAGAUGAAAAUAAAGAUGACGGCUCCAGUGAUGAGCUACGUGGAGCCGGGUUCAGGUCCUUUUAGCGAGUCUACCGUUACCAUUUCCCUGUAUGUCCCCUCUGAGCAGCAAUCUGAUCCGCCCAGGCCUUCAGAGUCAGAUGUCUUCAUUGAAGACAGAGCCGAAAUGACUGUGUUUGUACGGUCUUUCGAUGGAUUCUCUAGUGCCCAAAAGAAUCAAGAACAACUUUUGACGUUAGCAAGCAUUUUGAGGGAAGAAGGAAAAGUUUUCGAUGAAAAGGUUUACUACACUGCAGGCUACAACAGCCCUUUCAACUUGCUUGAUAGAAAUAAUGAAGUGUGGUUGAUUCAGAAAAGUGAACCCCCCAAAGAAAAUGAAUGAGAAAAUCAAGCAAAGUGGCAUCGCCAGGGGAUACACUUUGUUUAAUCAGACAUCAACACACCUAUAAGUAGAAUGUAUGCCCAGGAUCUUCUCCCUGAGAGUACUGAUAGGAAUGCAGCUUCCUUCCAACGUGCCUUUUUAAUGCUUGAAGCUUUAUCGAGAUACACAGAUAACAGGGGACGGUCUUUCAUAAACAUAUAAAUUGGUCAUAACCCUGGUGGUCUUUAGUUCCAUGAGGCUCCAGGGAAAUGUCAUGUUACUUCCCCUUCUUCACUCUAUCACAGUCAUGUUGCCUUUUUCUACUUGGAUUUGUGUCAGUUGGAUGUUAUCCCCUCCAGAUGUUAUCAAUAAAAAUGUUAGAGGUCUACCCUGUGUGGAACCCGGGGCUCCAGGCCUGGAGAGGGGGCGUUAGGGUUGCACGCAAAAACCAAACGUCUUUCGCAGCCACUGCUGCCGUCUGUUGAGGCUUCCCCACCUGCCCACUGCCCCCACCCCACCAUAGCUCUCACAGUACCCAAAGUACUGAUAAUAUUUUUGACAAAGAAUAAAGGUAUAUAAUUAGGAACUUCCUAUUCUAUUUUGAUAUUCAGUAAAGGGGUGUUUUUCCUGAAAAUGUGUAAAACAUAAAAAUUCAAGUGCAUUUUUAAAUGAUUUCAUGUCGUAUUUCUAGAGGUCGUAUAAAAAUGACUAAUA